AUGAGCAAACCAUAACCAAUAUUUAUAUAUGGAAUUAACAUUAAAGAUGAUAGGGGAAAAUUAAAGAAUUGUUAAUUAUGUGGAGCCAAAUUUACAAUGUCAGUAAAAGAACAUUAAUGCAAGAGGUAAUUAAUACAUGUUGAACAUAAGAUGUAAAAGAGCAGUAUGUGAUAAAUGUGCUCCAAAUAAAGCUCAAGUAUAAAAGGCAGAUGGAGUUUCUAAAAAAGCUCAUCGUCUAUGCAAUUUCUGUAAAGAUGUAAUAAUUAUUUAAGAAUUUAGGAAAGCGAUUCAUAAAAAAGGUUCAUAGAACAAUACAAAAUAAGUUUUAAUAAAGAUUCAUUUUCAUAAUAAUGGCUUCAAUCUUUUGGAACUGAUAUUACAAAAGCUCAAAAUGUAAUUACUAUAACUUAAAUUAUAUUUAGGAUUUCUUGAAUGCUCUAGAAGAUGCUAAACUAUCUAAAGAUACAAAUGCUUAUGAUAUAUUUAAAGCAAAAUUAGAAGUAUUAAUAAAUGAUAUUGAUGGAUUUGUUAAUUAUUCAAUUAAAGAGUUUUUAGUUGCUUCUUUGAAAAAUGUGGAAUCAUUUCGUCAAAAAGAAGUGGUAAAGACUUCUAUUUUAAGAGUUGCCGGAACACUUUUAUUAUUGUAUCCUUAAAUAGGAUAUUCUCAUGAACUAGUGCUUAUUACUUAUUUUCUCCUUUGUUUUGCAUCUGAAGCCUCUGCUUAUAUAUUAUUAACUGCUGUAUAUGCUCAUAUUUUACCAUCUUAAUUAUAUCCAAAGGCAAACACAAAAUAUGAUCUAGUUAAUGAAUAUGCAAUUGUUGUUGGUAUAUUAAAAGAUGCUCUUUAAGUUGAUUCUAAUGAUCUGACUGUGAUUAAGAGUUUUCUAUAAUAAAAACUAAAAACCUACUUACUUACAUUAAGUAUUAAUCUCUUUUUAUUUGAAACUACUUUUUUCAUAAUUAGUUCAGUAUUAACAUCUGGAUCUAAUGGUUACAUGGAUUUACUGGCUCAAAUGGCUAUUUUAUGUUCCUUAUCCAAUUAAGAAAUGUAGAAAAAUAAAUUUAAUCAUGAAGAAACAGAAUUAUUUAUGCUCAGAUAACUUCGUACUAAUUAAUUAAGCGUUCUUUAAAAAUAAACAUAAAAUUGCGAUUUUGAAAGUUAUAAGAAAGUUUAUAUUACAACUAGGUCUGAUUCUAUUAAAGUUGAUAAUUUAAAUUUAAAUACUAGAUAAUCUUUGAUCAAACCUGAUAUCCAAAAAAUAAGUGAAAUAAAUCAAAAACUUUAGGAUUAAGUUGAUCGCAGAGAUCAAGAAAUGAAAAAUUUAAAUGAUGAAAUUAUUCAAUUAAGAGAUAAAAUAAAAUAAUUACAAAAAGAAAAUUCUAUACUUAUUAAUUAAAAAUAAAAUAAUGAUGCAGAACUUUAUAAAAUUAAAUUACAUGAAUUAAGAAUUGAUAAUUCUGAGUUGAAAUCCUAGAUUGAAUAGUUAAAAAAUGAAAUUUCUAAGUAUAAAUUAUAGUCAGAGGAGGAUUCUAGAACUAAUACCAAAAAACAAAGAAAUUAAACUGUUGAUAGUGAUUAUGAAAAUGAUUUAGAAGAAAUUUCUUAAUUUAAAUUGAAGUAUGAACAAUAAAUUAGAAAUCUUAAGAAAUAGGCUGAAGAAAAAAAAUCAUAAAAUUAACCAAAUCAAUCAUAAAUUGAUGAAUUGAAAGAAAAUUAUGAAAAUAAAAUCAAGCAACUUUAAAAAUAAAUAUUUUAAUUAUAAUAAUAAAAUAAUGUUGAUGAGAUUAGAGAUUUAAAAAUAUAAAACCAAUAAUUGUAAAUGAAAUUAGAAAAAAUGAAAGAUGAUAAGAAUAAAAGUGAAUUAAUAUAGUAAAAAAAUGAUGAGAUUGAUCUAUUAACAGAACUGAAUGAAGAAUUGACUAAAGAAAAUUAAAGAUUAUCAAAGUAGCUUAGAGAUUUGAAAUCUUAGAGUGGUGCUUCAAGUGCACAAUAUAUAAAAGUGCUAGAAGAGUAAAAUAAAUUAUUAGAAUCAAAAAUAGAAUAAUAUAAUCAAAUAAUAUAAGAACUGGUAACUCAAAUUGAAAAAGUGAAGAUUGAGAAAUAAAAGCAGUUGGAAUUUUCAGAUUUGAAAAUAAAGUAGAAAGAAGAUUUAGAGGAUAUGAAAAUGAUUGUAGAAAUAAGAACAGUUUAGACUCAAAUACUUAAAGGAAUUUUAAAAGAGAACUAAACUUAGUUAAGUGAUUUGAUAAUUAUUAUUACUCAAAUGCGCCAGAUCCUCGAAAAAUCAAAAUAAUUAAAACUUUGA